UAAGUGAACAUUGUCUUUGUUUCUCGAAUAGAAUAUUGUUUCAAUAAAUUGAACAAACGCUGCCCAUGUUGAUUGUACAAAAACCUAUCUUUUGUACUUGAACAGAAUGUUGUCUGUGAGUGUGAAUCAUUCCUCGUCAAAUCAGACUAGUUUUGAGUUUGGGUACUUUGAUUUUUUCAACUUUUUUUUCGAACUGGGGUGAAUUGUCAUCACUGACCCAUCUCCAUCAACUUUCCUUGGCAGGAUUUGUUUUUGUCAGCUUUCAUCUAGCCAUGAUCAGGGUUAUCGAGAGUCAAUGCGGACCUGACGCAAAUAAGUACAUAUCACUUUCCUGAAAACACUCGUUUUUAAUAAAACAUAGUUUUACAAGCGAAUCGUCGGUUAUUUUUUUUUAUCUAGUGUUAGUGAUAAUUGUCCCCGGGCCACAUUUUACCGUACUGAUUAUAGGAUACCUUUGCUAAUACAUUCUAUUCGUUUCAAAUUUAAUAGAGUGUUGAAGUUUGUACAUGCUAGUUAACUUUCGGGGCGAUCAUCAGAUUUUUGAUACAUUGUAAGGAAUAUCUGCACGGAAUUCAACUCAGCGGCCUUCAUUAUCCGAAUCCAGGAAAAAUGAUGGGAAAUUCGGGGAAAUCUUUAUUGUUUUUAUUCUUGAUCGUUUUCCAACUGGUGAACGCGCCGGACUCCAGUCAGUGGCCAUACUCGAGUACAACUACUUCAUCAAGCGAUGCAUACUUGUUUGACAGUGAACUAGAUGAAAAAUUUGAAAAAGAGCCGAAUACGUAUUGGUCGGUUAGCAAAGCACGAGAGACUCUAAUAAAACAAGAUUGGGAUUGCGGAUUUCAGCUGGAAAACAUUAGGAAGGCUGGAUCUUAUGAAUUUGAAAAUGAUACUUACAAGACUACUGAUGAAACACAAAUUAAAUUUAAUUGGAGAAUAAGCGAUGAUGAUUUCGGUAGCUGUUUAUGCCUAGCAGCAAAUGACUUACGUGUAGUCAUCAAAGAGUUGACUAAAACAUUCAAAUAUGGAAAUUGGUCAGUUGUUCCUAAUGUGGCAAAAAAAAAACCUGACUUUGAAAAGAAAAUUAAAACGUAUAUGAAUCGUGCAGAGGUCUUCAUCAAUCUGGUAUUUGAAUUUGUCGAAACUAUGCAAUUUAAGCAUGAAAAGGUGAACAAGUGGGAAAACACACGGCAUACGAAUCAAUUGUUAUUUAGGUUUCCCAGCUUACUGGCUCAUUAUAUGAUGGUUCCUUACCAAUUACGUGAAAUACCAUCUACAAAAAUUAUUUCAACAUUAUUUGAAAUUGUAUCACUUGAUUAUGGUCAUGGUAUAUAUGCAGGAAGAAAAUUUGGACCAUGGCUCAUCACUCAGAUCUACAAUGUGGGUUGUGACGAAACAAUAUAUAAGAAAAACGUAAUCGAUGGUGAAGAGUAUGGAAAAAUGAUGACGGAGAUAGCAUUACCUUACAGUGAGGUUCGUUUUGGUAAAGGACUUCAUCGUGAUGGAACAUAUAUGUCUCGCAAAACGGUUCUUGGCUUCGAGUACAUGAAACUGAUGUGCCCGAGUUAUACCAUGUAUGCGUACUCAUUUGACAAAAACUUGGCUAAUAAGCCUACACCACUACUGCACUGGAAAAGAGUCUCAUCACUUCUACUUCAUCCCAAUAUUAAUCGUGGUCCUCCGGGUAUACUACGCCAUCGUGGUGAUUUUUACUCUGAUACUGAUCCGGAAGCACCAUUGGGUGGUAAAAUCAUGCCACUAGCUCGAAUUUUGCGCGUUAAUACACUCAAGUGCAGAUUUUUUGUACGAGGGGUGACAGAAGGUCUUGGAUUCCUGGAGGCACAUUAUGUUAAAGAGCACUUGGAUUCCCAGUAUUCGGUUCAAUCGCGUAUACCUUACAGCGCCGAAUCCAAUAUUCCAAUUCCGGAUUUUAAAUACGCCUACGGUUUGAUAUUUUCCACAGAUCACGAUGAUUACAUUGAACUGGGAUCUUACUCCAACAGAGCUUACACAUAUAUUUAUUUUCCCACCAAAAAUUCAUGGAGCAUUGUUGGUAGUUUAGGUCUGACAGAAGAAACUCGGCAAGAUUUUCUGCUACAAAAUUAUGAAUUACCACAAUAUGGCAAAUAUCGGGUAUAUGAGUACAUUCGUUACUCACAUCGUAAUAAAACACAUGUGCUCAUAGAUUUAGAAAUUGAUAACCGCAAAGGAGACAAGGAAUUGGGCAUUCGGUACAGUUUGGUCGAUGUAGACCCUCAUAAACUCGAACAAAGUAAACACGAACUGCAAGUUCUGAAAAUUCCAACGGGGAAAAUUGCGCGAUUGCAGCAUAUUGUCAACUUGGAGAAUUGUACAAUCAGGACGAUUCUGGAAGAAAAACUUCAGCGUAAUCCAAUGUGGCCAGAUUUUGAUGCUAACAAGACAAUACUACCUUUGGAUGAAUUUGAGAACAGCGUUGAUAAAUGGACUUUGAAUACACAGAACAAUGUAGUGUCGUCAUCGGUAUCUGGUGAAUUUAUGUGCGCUGCUCCUCUGCCCAAUGAGAAGGAACGCGAGUCAAUUCGUGACGGAAAAUUUGUCUUUGAUGCUGACAAUAGAAACGCGUAUGUGCACAAGAAAUAUGUGUACAAGAAAUCAAAUAUUCUGAUAUUCUUCAACUAAUCAAUUUUAUUGGAUGUAUUUUAUUUUUCAUAUUUUAUGCUUAUUGUCAGAGCUCAGUUCUAACUGAAUAUAUUAUUUGAAUUUGAAAGUUACUUGAUUUAUGUUACCUAUAGACGAUUUUUAUGAGCAAAAAAGGUAGAUAGGUAAGUAGAUAUCCCAACAGAGUUAAAUUGAGGUAGAAAACUGAAAAUUGUUUACACUACCUGCCUAUUUGUUAGUCUCCAAAACAAUUGUU